UUCCCGCUGUUGCUUCGUGUUUUGCCAGCGUUUUUGUUGUCCUAGGACCGUGAGUCAGCUGAUUUCCGCUCGGUUUUCUCUUCGGCGGACGAUUUGUUGUGACACUUCAUCUGACAGCUGCAGUUGCAUUUUCAGCUUCUCCUGCAAUUUGCAAUUAAAUAGUGAACUUAAUAGUUUAUUGUGUGUGCGCUGGCCAUGAGCCAAAGAAAAUGCAGAAAUGCUUGGCGGAAACGGAUAUUGUCAGAUCCCAAAACUAAUCAGCGAAAUUCCAAGUGAAACCCAAAUGCGGAAAUAGAAAACCUCACGAACCUGACGCGUUAGCACAAAAAAAAAACUCAGCAACACAAUCAAAAUAAAUAUAAGGAAAAAGAACGAGUGAAAGAGAGAAAUUUAAGUUGCCGCGCCCCAAAAAGAAAAAAGAAAGAAAGGAAAGCAGAUUUGUCCAACAAAUUGCACCGGAAAAAAGAGAGGGAAAAUCACUGGUAGUGCGCUCCCUUUUCAACUAGUGGGUGUGAGUUUUAGAUGCGUAAGCUUUUGCCUUACGUUUAUACGUACAUCACAACCACAACAACGGCAGCAGCAACAUGGGGAAUUCGCAAAAUCGGUCGGCGAGCACCGAUGAAAAGUCACCGCCAGGUGGCGCCAGUCUAGUGCGGAUGGGAAUAGGCGGGGGUGGUGUGGGCGUGGCCGGGGUCGGUGUGGGCGGAGCCCCGGCAGAGCGACGAAACAGCCGAGUUCGCGUCCUCAGCCGUUUGAUGGGACAGAAACGCAUUCGCGAAGCAUUCCUGCACUCGCCGAAAACGGGAUCGAGUUCAGAGGCCAAUUUGGGGGGCGACGGAAGCGGCGAUUGGACCGCAGCGGAAACGGAAGUGGAGCAUGGACAAUUGGAUGCCAGCGCAGAACAAAUAGAUUUUCCGCCUGCAAAACCACCACGAUUAAAAAAGGCACUGCAAGUACAAUUUGAAAAUGAGGAUCGCUGCAGCUUAAGCCAACUUUGCCAACUUUCGAUUCAACGCACAAAGGCUAUCGAAGACGAUGAAGAAUUACUGGGAAUUCUAUCAAAAGGGGAACAACAAGCUAACGAAAUGAACCCGACCACCAAACAACCUCGAAAAAGACGCGUUGCACCGCAACCUCCACCGAAACCCCAACCGAAACCCAGAAAAAUGCGGGUAGAAAAAGUCCUCAACGAUGACCACUGUGCGUUCAUUGAGCAGCUUUUUGCAGAAACAACUCAAGCAACAGCAACAGCUACAGUGGUUGCGGGUAAGCUCAGUGUCGGUCAAAAAAACAUCUUCGAUUUUUGCCUUCGACGUCGCUGUCUUGCCAAUCCCGUCGACGAACUGAUCAUACCCAAGCAGUAUUUGCAUGCGACUAAAGCCGAUGCAAAUUCCAAACGUGAUCGUCCACUGAGCGAAAUAAGUGUGACUUCGGUGGACACGCUAUCGCCGAAUACCGCCAAAGCGGUUCUUGAGCUGCAGAAACGCUGCCGAGCGGAUAAAUUGGCCUGCCUGAGCUUAACUCAAGUCACCUACCUCAGCAUAGCCAAUGAGCUUCAGGAAGUCGAGGAGGCGGAUCAGGCCAUAUUGCUCAACACCGACCUUUUGGUAGCACCCAAUAGCCCGGCGGAAUCUUCGCCGGACGAAGAACUCAUGGCCCUGCAAUUGGGCAAGAAGUUGGCCCAAGUUUUGGGCAGUGGCACGGGACCUUUGACCCCGGGAAAUAUGGAAAACAGCCCAGCAGGAUCUGGUCCUCGCGUCGAUUCGCCACUGGGAAACGGGGAACUCUUCAACGUUUCAAAGGCCAAAAAGGUCGAGCUACAGAAUCUUUCAUCGCGAUUCACGGCCACCGUCAAUCAAACACCGCCAGGUGUUCUAGCAUCAACUCCAAGUGAAACAGGAGCUGCAGGAUUUUCAGGACUUUCGGCAGGAGCAGGAGCUGGAGCUUCUUCGUUGGAAACGCAAUCAACUGUUAUAAUUUCGUUUAAAUCAUCUCAAACACCUGUGCAGUCUCAAACGAAUUCUGCAGCAACAGCAGCAGCAACAGCAGCAGCAACAGCGGCGGCAGCAACUGAAAAUGUUGAGGAUGACACGGCACCGCUGCCACUCCCACCGCCGCCCCCCGGCUUCGGCACGCCCACCACGCCCCUUUUGACGAGCAAUGUGCUCAAGAAGGUCGCCAGCUUCACGGUCGAGAAGUCUUCGGCGGGCAAUAAUAGCUCCAAUCCGCCGAUUUUGCCAACUGGCGAUGAGACAACCCUCUUGGCUACUCCAAAUUCUGCUUCUUUGCCAUCCGAAUUUGCGGGGGGCGUGGCAGGGGGCACUGCUGGAGCUGGGGGCGUGGCCGGGGGAGCUGGCGGUUCGCGACGCGGCUCAUCUUAUGUACCGGAAAAGUUAAGCUUCGCUGCAUAUGAAAAGUUCGAAGGUCAAAUGCUGAUGAAAUGGCUAAUCUCAACGAUGCAGAGCAAUCCGAAGAGUUUCUCCAACGACAUUACCCCCGAAUUAUUCAGUUCUCUGGCCCUGCAAUUCUGCAAUAAUCUCAAAUAUGUCGGCGUACUCAAGCAGAUCUCCAAUGAGCACUUGGAUGGCGGAUUUAGCCCCUAUGAGAUGUACCAAUGGACGCACACGGAGCAGCCGACGACGUCGUUACCUUUGACCCCCGGAAAGCUGGACAAGAAUGCGGCUUGGCCAUUUACGAGCACUCCGUCCGGAACUCGAGUCCUGGAGUCGACUUCAUUGGCUUCCUUGGGAGCAGGUGCGGUUGGGGGAGGAGGAUUGGGAUUGGCAGCCACUGCCACUGCAUCCACAUCGACGGAUAGCCAGAAAACACUGCAGCAAAUCCUCAAGAAGCGUCUGCUCAAUUGCUCCACUUUGGCCGAAGUUCAUGCGGUGGUAAAUGAACUUUUGAGCAGUGUGGAUGAGCCACCGCGUCGUCCUUCGAAAAGAUGUGUGAAUCUCACGGAUCUAUUGAAUGCCAGUGAGCAGACAGUCUAUGAAUACAACAAGUCCGGUGUGGAGGGUGGUUCAAAGAGUUCCGUGGAUGCGGAAACUCAAACGGCAGAAUGCGAGGGUAGCUGCAAAUGCGGGCAAUCCUUUAGGGAAAAUCGCAGGGAAAGUGAGGAAAAUAAGGAGAAUGCCAGUGUUCCUCCUCCACCUCCUCCUCCUCCGCCGCCCGCCCCUGCGCUCUGUGCCCCGCCCCCACCACCUCCACCACCGCCGCCCGCCUUUGGCACUGCCGCUCCGCCACCUCCUCCUCCGCCACCGCUCCCAGCGAACUGUGGCGCACCACCACCGCCGCCACCCCCUCCACCCAGCGGUGGAGCCGCCCCGCCCCCGCCGCCUCCGCCCACGCCCAUCGAGGGAGGCGGGGCAAUACCCCCUCCACCACCGCCCAUGAGUGCUUCGCCCUCAAAGACCCCGAUCUCGCCCGCUCCACUUCCCGAUCCCGCCGAGGGAAAUUGGUUCCAUCGCACAAACACAAUGCGCAAGAGCGCCGUUAACCCCCCGAAACCGAUGCGUCCUUUAUAUUGGACACGGAUCGUGACUAGCGCACCGCCCGUGCCACGCCCCCCAUCCGUGGCCAAUUCCACGGAUAGUACGGAGAAUAGUGGGAGUUCGCCGGAUGAGCCUCCUGUUGCCGCCGGCGGAGAAGCCCCGCCCCCUGCGCCGCCCACCAAGGAAAUCUGGACGGAGAUUGAGGAGACGCCACUCGACAACAUCGAUGAGUUCACGGAGCUGUUCUCCCGCCAAGCCAUGGCUCCGGUCAGCAAACCCAAGGAGCUGAAGGUCAAGAGGGCCAAGUCCAUCAAGGUGCUCGAUCCCGAGCGAUCCCGCAAUGUGGGCAUUAUCUGGAGAAGUUUGCAUGUGCCGUCCAGCGAGAUCGAGCAUGCUAUAUACCAUAUAGACACAUCGGUUGUCAGCUUGGAGGCCCUGCAGCACAUGAGUAAUAUUCGGGCGACAGAGGACGAAUUGCAGAGGAUCAAGGAGGCAGCCGGUGGCGACAUCCCCCUCGAUCAUCCCGAGCAGUUUCUGCUGGAUAUAUCCCUGAUUUCCAUGGCCAGCGAAAGGAUCUCCUGCAUUGUCUUUCAGGCGGAAUUCGAGGAGAGUGUAACGCUGUUAAUGCGAAAACUGGAGACACUGGCGCAGCUCUCACAGCAAUUGAUCGAAAGCGAGGAUCUCAAGCUGGUAUUCUCCAUUAUCCUCACACUGGGCAACUACAUGAAUGGCGGCAAUCGACAGCGCGGCCAGGCCGAUGGCUUCAAUCUCGACAUUUUGGGCAAACUCAAGGAUGUCAAGUCCAAGGAAUCGCACACCACCUUGCUCCACUUCAUCGUGCGCACCUACAUUGCGCACCGGCGGAAGGAGGGAGUGCAUCCCCUGGAGAUCCGACUGCCCAUUCCCGAACCAGCCGAUGUGGAGAGAGCCGCCCAAAUGGACUUCGAGGAGGUGCAGCAGCAGAUCUUCGAUCUCAACAAGAAGUUCUUGGGUUGCAAAAGAACCACGGCCAAAGUUUUGAACGCCUCCCGUCCUGAAAUCCUGGAGCCCUUUAAGUCCAAAAUGGAGGAGUUCAUAGAGGGAGCGGACAAAUCGAUGGCCAAGCUCCACCAAUCGCUCGAGGAGUGUCGCGAGCUGUUUCUGGAGACGAUGAGGUUCUAUCACUUUUCACCCAAGGCCUGCACCUUAACUUUGGCCCAGUGUACACCCGAUCAAUUCUUCGAGUACUGGACAAAUUUCACCAACGAUUUCAAGGAUAUUUGGAAGAAGGAGAUCACCAGUCUUUUGAAUGAAUUAAUGAAGAAAUCGAAGCAGGCCCAAAUCGAGUCCCGUCGCAACGUCUCCACCAAAGUGGAAAAGUCCGGACGAAUUUCUCUAAAGGAACGCAUGCUAUUACGGCGCAGCAAAAACUAGUUAGAUAGCUCUAAAAAUCGCGAUAAUAUAUAUUUUUUAUUGCUAUUUGCUUUAUAUUACACUAUUGCUAAGAAAAUUUCUCGUUACAUGGAUUUAUUCUCCACUUAUUGUUAAGUUAUAAAAUUGUAUAAAAACUUUAAACGCAGGCGUGGCUCUUAAAAUAAAAUGUCCUCUUGCUAUUGUGAUCAUAAA